AACCGCCACCAAACCAGGAGGUCAGGUCAAGUUUGAAUGAAUGCCUAUGCGGUGCGGCGCGGAUGCAGCCAGGCCACACUCCGUCGUGGCGGAUAAUGUUAUGUCAGCUCCAGCGCCCAGUCUUCUCAGUGGUUGCUCGCGCGGGUCAAAUCCCCACUUCAAAAUACGCAAGCUUGACAGCUCCACGGCUGCUCCCUCUCCCAUGUCAAGCAAGCGAGCCAGCCAGGUGGGAGACGCUUCUCAUCGCCGCGCAAAUCUUGCUAGCCGCGCGGCUGGAGGGGGGCGGAGAUGAGGGAUCUGGCGGCAUCGCGGCGGCGCUGGACGCUGGUGCUGGUGAACCUGGCGUCGGUGCUGGAGAAGGCGGACGAGGUGCUGCUGCCCGCGGUGUACCGGGAGGUGGGCGCGGCGCUGGGCGCCUCCCCGACGGCGCUGGGCUCCCUCACCCUCUGCCGCGCGCUCGUCCAGGCCGCGUCGUACCCGCUCGCCGCCUACGCCUCCACGCGCCACGACCGCGCGCGCGUCGUCGCCGUGGGGGCCUUCCUCUGGGCCGCCGCUACCUUCCUCGUCGCAAUCUCCGGCAGCUUCCUCCAGAUGGCGAUCUCGCGGGGGCUGAACGGCAUCGGGCUCGCGCUGGUCGUCCCGGCUAUCAGCUCGCUCGUCGCCGACUACACCGACGACCACACCCGCGGCGCCGCCUUCGGGUGGCUGCAGAUGACCUGCAACCUGGGCUCCAUCCUGGGGGGAUCCUUCGGCGUGCUGCUCGCGCCGGUCACCUUCCUCGGCAUCGCGGGAUGGCGGCUCGCCUUCCACGCCGUGGCGAUUGUCAGCGUCGCGCUGGGCGUGCUCAUGUGGCUCUUCGCCGCCGACCCGCACGCCAAGUCCAAGACCGCGGCCUCGGCCACUGAGGAGGCCAGGGAGCUGCUCCGGGACGCCAGGCGCGUCCUCGGGGUGUCAACGUUCCAGAUCAUCGUCGCGCAGGGGAUCGCUGGUUCGAUCCCCUGGUCCGCGCUCAACUUCUCCGCCAUGUGGCUGGAGCUCGUUGGGUUCACGCACUGGGAGACCAGUGUCAUCACGGGGCUGUACCUCUUCGCCACCGCUCUUGGCGCGCUCUUUGGGGGGCUCAUCGGGGACCCUGUCUCCAGGCGGUUCCCCAACACCGGGAGGAUCGCGCUGGCGCAGAUAAGCUCGGCGUCAGCGCUCCCGCUUGGCGCCAUCCUGCUGCUGGCGUUGCCCAAUGAUCCUUCCACCGGCGUCGCACACGCUGUCGCGUUUUUCAUCAUGGGAUUCGCCAUCUCCUGGAAUGCCUCGUCCACCAACAACCCCAUCUUCGCGGAGAUUGUGCCUGAGAAGGCGAGGACGACAGUCUAUGCACUGGACAAAUGCUUCGAAGCAGUGUUCGCUUCCUUCGCGUCUCCCAUUGUCGGUGUUCUGGCAGAGCGCGUAUUUGGCUACAAGCCUGUCUCUUCCGACACGAGCGUGGACACGGACAGAGAGAACGCUACAGCAUUGGCGAAGGCGGUUUACACGGAGAUCGCUGUGCCCAUGGCCAUCUGCUGCUUGACCUACUCCUUCCUGUAUUGCACUUACCCCCGGGACAGACAGCGCGCGCAAAGGCACCUUCUCAUGGCCUCAGAUGGGCAGCGCUGUGAAGAAGUCGGUGACAGCGAGUCAAGUGCGGUUCGUACCCGGGAAGACGAAGAAUCUGCCGUCGGUUCCUUGAAUGAGAGGCUAAUAUCUACAAGAGAGUAGCGGGCAAGUGCGACACGCCCAAAUUUUUACAGGUUUGCAUCGUUUCCCGGUGAUGUAAUCAAGGUGUUGCACUGCAGGUUCAGAUUCUCCAAUGGACCGUUGUUGCACUCUGCCGUAUCUGAAUCUUUGUUACUCCAUCAGCUACCAUGUGAAGAAAUCAAUAGAUGCAUCUGAACUUUAUUGAGA